ACUCGGCGCAUGCGCAGCGCGGGGGCGGCCGGCCGGGCGGCGAGGCGAUGGCGGCCAUGGGGGCGAUGGCGGCCAUGGGGGCGCUGCCCGCGGGGGCGCUGCCGCCGCUGCCGACGCUGGGGGUUCCGGGCAUCCCCGAGCUGAAACCGCUGACGCGGUACGAGGCCAUGAGGCUGGGGCCGGGAUGGAGCCACUCAUGCCACGCCAUGCUCUACGCGCCCAACCCGGGCAUGCUCUUCGGCCGCAUCCCGCUGCGCUACGCCGUGCUGAUGCAGAUGCGGUUUGACGGACUGCUGGGCUUUCCCGGGGGGUUCGUGGAUCGCCGUUACUGGUCCCUGGAGGACGGUCUGAAUCGGGUGCUGGGCUUGGGUUUGGGCUGCGUGCGCCUGACGGAAGCAGAUUAUCUGUGCUCGCACCUGACAGAGGGGCCACAUCGCGUGGUGGCACACUUCUACGCCAGGCAGCUGACCCUGGAGGAGCUGCACACCAUCGAGAUCAGCGCGGUGCAUUCCCGAGACCACGGGAUGGAGGUGAUGGGCAUGGUCCGUGUCCCCCUCUACACCCAGAAGGACCGCAUGGGCGGGCUGCCCAACUUCCUGGGCAACUCCUUUGUCGGAACCGCCAAAUUCCAGCUGCUCUUUGCCCUGAAGAUCUUGAACAUGGUGCCUGAGGAGAAGCUGGCCGAGGCGGUGGCGGCCACUCAGAAGCCGAAGAAGCCGGCCAUCGACCAUGGCGCAGGGGCGAUGGGAAACGCAUCUGCUGUUAGGUCAGCAAACGAGCUGGCGGUGGCUGCGAAAUCAGGCAAUGAAUAUGCAGAUAGGGCAGAGCACCAGGCGGCUGCGCAGGCAGCGGCCGAGGCGGCAGAGCAGUCACUGGCAGGGCUGGAUAGUGGGGCUGCAGGGGACCAGCUGGCAGCUAUGCCAGUGGCCGAGGCUGAGCAGCCGAUGGGGCUGGGGGCAGACGCGGUGGCAGAGCAGGCGGUGGCCGAGGCGAUGGAGUGAUGCCACCGCGUUUGCGCUUGAUUAAAAGUGGGUGAGAUUAGAGACUUUAACUUUCCGACCCGUUGCUGGCCGUGUUGCUGCCCACGCGAUUCCAACCGCCCGGCCGGGAGGGUUUGGGUUUGUCCAAAGCAGGGGACAGCUAUGUAUUUUUAUGGCCAUUAAACUCUAGCGAGCUUCCCAGGUCAGCCUGCACAGCCCCUGCAGAGUGUUCAUGUGCUUACGUGAGGGUGCCGAAGCCCCACAAUUACGCUUUGAUUUCAGGGACACUGCGGCCGUUGGGUCCCCCUUUCAUUUUUAAGGAACAAAAUGUCUUUAUUUUUAAAUGCCCUGUGUUGAUUUGGUCGUGGCUGAGCGUGUAGUGGGCACAGCUGAGGGGACGGGGCUGCGGGGUGAGCACCUCUGCCAGCGUCAGAAGGGUCCCCUGUGCCGGCAGUGGUGCGGCCGCGCUCCCGGUGUGCCGUGAAUUCCCUCUGGGGCGUGCUCAUGUGGGUUU